AUGAGAGUAAGACGACCGCCACCAGCGGACGCAGACCAACCCAGAGAAGGUGACAUAUUGGCCAAGAAGGGAUAUUCAGGAGAGCUAGUGAAAGGUACAGACCAAAGAUAUCGCCAGAUUAAGGGAAGAGCAGAAGAACCAGCACUUGAGACUGCCCUUGGACGUGUGUCCGACCUUGUUCCACUUGAAGAUGCUAUCGAUACACACUACCCAGCUCAACGCAUUAUUAUUAGCAACUUUGUUCGAAAUGGCUGUCGAAUUAAGCGUUGGCUAUACGAAGAUGCUUAUCCAAUAAACUGCCCCAGGCCAAGCAUUGGCGAUCUUGUAUGUAGCGGACCCACGAAAAUCGUUGAGUACUUUUAA